AGUAUUGUUCCCAGAAUCUUGGAGCAGAUGUGGCUGGUUUCUGAAGGAUGAGUACAAGAAAAUAUUAAUGGUGCGGCAUUGGACUUGUGGCAGUGACUUCAGAACUAUAAGUAUGGUUGUUACUUUUCUUCAUAUGUGAAAGAUUGGCUUAGUUUCUAGUCUGAGGAAAAUAACCAGCAAACAUAAGAGCAGCUUGGUUUGUCAAACAAGAUUCAUUUUUCAAGACUUUGCUUCUGCUUCCUCAUGAAUUAGUCUUCUGUUUCUGCUGUGGCAAAUCUGGGAAGGGUCACCUAGAACGUUCUUGUCAUAUCUCUGCAGCCCAAGGUAAACCAGACUACAGUACAUCGUUGGUUAAUUACUACAUCUUUCCUAAACUAUUUCUGUACUCAUCAGAAAACAAACUGGUGAGAAAUUCCAGAAGGGUGUCUGUGUCCCCUAAAACAGCCUCUGUUAAUGGGUGGCUCUCCAGAUGUGGUUGGAGUACAACUCACAUCAUCUCUCACUACUGGCUGGGACUGAGGGGAAUUGCAGUUCAACAGGCUCUGGAGUGCCACCCAUUAGCCACCCAUGUGCUAGUUAUUUGCACUGAAUUCUUUUCACCUUCUUGUUUGUAGCCCUCUUUCUAUGCAGAUCAUGUAUCCAACUUUGUUCUGAUUUGGAAUGUCUCUAUGAUGCAACUAUCAUGUGACUAUCUCUCUUGUUUCUGAAAAAUAAGCAGGGCUAUGAUCAAAAGCACAGUGGCUUUAAUACUCUUCUUAUUCUUGAGAAGGAAAUUGUUAAAGUCUUCCUUUUAAGAAUUGGGAAAGAUCAUUCCAUGGGGAUAGUUGUAGAAACUGUUUUGUUGAUACACCUGUCAAUUCAUGUUGUGCUGAAACGCAAUCUUAUGGUACAUACAUAUCAUUUCUUGUUAAGUUUCUCAGCUAUAUUCAAAUGACAGGCCAGGCCAGGCCAGGCCAGCCCAGCCAAUAAUUGUUCUGCAUGACUAACCUUAGAAUUCUUUUAUAGUUUUCCGUUACCAUAGAGAUCUCUAUGGGCUUUGCCCAGCCCUGCAGUGAACAUAUCCCAAGUAAUUAAACAAACAGAAACACGCUAAGGCUAAGUAUCUGUUACUCGGGCCGUUGCUGCCGUCAUCAUCUUUGGAGAAAAGGCUAACAUAAUUGACAAGGAAAAAACAGAAAGCUAUGAUGGACAAAAGAACAUAUGUUUGCCUUGUAGUCUCCAUCAUACUGAAGACAGUUUCACUUCAGACUACAAACUACAUCCCAGCAAUGAAUACCACAUCUAGGACUGAAAGGCUGACCGUUUCCAGUACAGAAGCAGGCAACAUCACUAUACUGCAGAAUGGAAGUGCCAGCUUGAGUACAUUCGCAACAACAGUGAAUAUUACCAACUUUCCUACGCUUCUACAAAGCACUCAUUCUCCUCAUACAGAAACAUCAGCUAUGACUGCUGAAGCCAAAACUGAGAUGACAUUUCCAACAGAGUCAUUCUCUACUAAUUCUACACAUCAAGCCACAGUUGAAGAUUUCAAUGUCACAACUUCAGCUACCACAUUAAAACCGACAGUCCAGCCUUCUAGUACUGCACCACCUAUCACCAGCAAGGGCUACCUUUCAGUUUCAGCAAUUCAGUUUCCAGCAGAAGGAGCUGGUUUGAGCAAUUCAGAUACCAUCCUAACCAUAUUUUUUGCCAUUGUUCUCGCACUGACAAUUCUCGGAUUCAUUAUAUAUAUUUUCAAUAAAUAUCGAAAACGAAGAGACCAAUUUUCCCAUCAUCCACUUUAUGAUGCCUCUUUUGAAACAGUGGACAGAUAUGCUACUCCAGAUGACACACUUGUAAUAUCAGGAGGCUUAUAUGAUGCACCAAGAAUUUCUAAUUCCAACAUGACAGUGUAUGACGAUGAUGAGCUUCAGAUUGAUCAGUUACCAUUUAGUGCUCAACCUGGACAAUACAGACUGGAGUUUUGGCCUGGUGAAAAAGAAGUGGACUUUUCUUCAACUUAUGAGGGAACAUUUCAAAUACCACCAGGAGGCAUAUAAUUGUUGGAGCACAGGAACUCUUUUAAAGUGGCUUCAAUAAAUAUUUGAACUUCUAUCCAGCUCAAUAAAAAUAAGAAAAUAAAAUUAAUAAAGUAUAUUUAUUUGAAAACAAGGAACACUUCCAGCAGUGGAAUACAGUUAUCUGCUAUUCAGUGACAACGAAUGACUUUCAAUUUCAUUGGUAGUAUUGUGCUUAAUUAAAUAACAAGAGCCUUUUCUGAUUCGUUCUUUCACUAACCUUACAUUUCUAAUCUGUUUAUGUUAACAUAUACAUGCAAAUGAGCAUGCAGGAGAGGAUUGGCAGAGGACUUAGUGGAUAACUAUUUCAUUCUUCGGUGCCCUGCUGGUCCUUAGCUGAUCAUAGAAUGCUAUGCAUUGGUCAUUACUUACAACCCUGAUCAAGCCUACCAUGUAUGCAUCCAGAUAACCUUUUCUCCUGAUGGCCCUGUGCAAAAGUACUCUAGAUCCAGCAAGGGAGGGAUGGGAAGAAAGAGGACUCUACUGAGCCCUACAUUGAUUCUUUUCCACACAUGCACCUGUACCUACAGGAGAUAGAUCAGAACAUAAGUUCUUGGGGAAGCUUAUAAUAUUUAAAUUAUUCCAACACUUCCUGCCCUUUUAACAGACUCAGGACACCCUAUCUUU